CAUUUCAAUCUGUAACAAAAUUGAGGAUUAUUUUGACUUUAACUUUUAACGUGGCAUUGUAUCACGUGUUUUUUGUUUGAAUUCCAGCAUGAUAUUCCGCCUUAAGUAUUAUUAAUUGUAAUUUGUAAAAUUAGGCUAUCUUACAGUUGCAGUUAAUAUGAGUUUUGCCAAGAAAACGGCCUCCUCCGUGUCGCCUUUAGCGCAAAUUAAGGCCCUUGAAAAUGACCCUGCUCUUCUCGCCCAGUGUGAAAAAUAUCUCCCACCGAAUUAUGAUUUCGAAAUUGCCAAAACCGUUUGGCGCAUCAAGAAGACGGCCGAAUGUAACACGGUCGCGUUGCAGAUGCCGGAAGGCCUUUUAAUUUUCGCCUCGAAAAUCGCCCAAGUUCUCCACGCCCUAACUGGUGUGGACACCAUCCUUAUGGGCGACGUGACGUAUGGUGCCUGCUGUGUCGAUGAUUUCACCGCUUCCCUCCUCGGGGCGCAAUUGCUUGUCCACUACGGUCACUCGUGUCUCGUCCCGACUUCGGUGGCCAACAGGAUCGAGACGAUUUACGUCUUCGUCACGAUAAAGUUCAACGUCGAGUCGGCCAUCGAAUCUAUUUCCUCUCUAAUGCAAUCAUCCGAGCUGGAGGCCAAACUCAAGACAGGAAAUAGAGGAAGGAUCAUUGAGGAAGAGAAAGAUGUGCCGGAGGAUAAAGUAAAGGUCGCGUUAGUGUCAACAAUCCAGUUUGCGAACAGUUUGGCAGCAAUUAAGCAAGGGUUGGAGGCAGGAAAUGGGAACGAAGAAAUUGGGAGGAAACACAUCAUGGUUAACAUUCCGAGGAGUAAGCCACUCUCGGCGGGGGAGAUUUUAGGAUGUACGGCACCCAAGGUGGGGGACGAUGUUAUUAUUUACGUCGGCGAUGGAAGAUUUCAUUUGGAGGCGAUGAUGAUGGCGAAUCCGGCCAUGUUGGCUUAUCGCUACGACCCUUACAAUCGUUCCCUCACAGAAGAAAUUUUCGACCACGGUGCUCUCUCCGUAUCCCGACAGUCCUCCGUUGCUCCCCUGAUUUCCGCCGAAAUGGGAAGGAAACGCCUAAAAAUCGGAAUCAUUCAAGGCACCCUUGGGCGACAAGGUAAUCCCAAACCUGUUGAGCACGUCUACAAUAAACUUUCUGAAAGACACGACUGUUUCAUCAUCCUAAUGUCAGAAGUGAUCCCGGCUAAGUUAGCGUUGUUUAAAGAUGUCGAUUUGUGGGUACAGUUCGCUUGUCCCAGGUUAAGUAUCGACUGGGGGAAUGCCUUCCAAGUUCCUAUUCUUACACCUUUCGAGGCGAUGUGGGGGAGCAGAAAUUGUGGAGACGGGUGUUCAGGAAAUCAGAGCUCCUCCUGUGAGUAUAAAGGUCACCCGAUGGAUUAUUAUGCAUAUGAAAGUUUAGGACCUCACACCCCUAAUUUUAUGCCACCCAAGCCACCCAAACCUGUCAAAGUUGUAUGAAAAAAUUGGUAAUAAAAUACUUUCUACAAAAUAGA